GGCGUGUUGUUCUAUUCUGUGGCCGCGCCCUCCAGCUCUCCCUGCCAUUCGUCGGGCGGGAGCCGGACGGAGCGGACGGUAGUGGCUGCGUUCUGCAAGCCAAGAUUCGGGUCAUCGUCUCCCACAAGGACACAACCAUGUAUAGCUUAAGGACUUGUGCUGCUAAACUAAGGCCUUUGACGGCCUCUCAGACUGUUCGAUCGCUCAAACACAGUCGGCCCUCGGCCCCAAGGACGUUUCAGCCACUCAGGUGCCUUAGUACACCUGGGGCCGCAGAGCCUUUUCUUAGUGGGACUAGUUCUAAUUAUGUGGAGGAAAUGUACUACGCCUGGCUGGAGAACCCCAAGAGUGUCCACAAGUCAUGGGACAUCUUCUUCCGGAACGCCAAUGCCGGCGCAGCACCUGGAACAGCUUACCAGAGCCCUCCACCCCUAGGUACCAGCCUGUCUGCACUGACCCAAGCACAGUCACUAGUGCAGGCGCAGCCAAAUGUAGACAAACUAGUGGAGGAUCAUCUUGCUGUGCAGUCCCUCAUCCGGGCAUAUCAGAUCCGUGGGCACCAUGUUGCCCAGCUUGACCCACUGGGCAUUCUGGAUGCAGAUCUGGAUUCCUGUGUGCCAGCUGACAUUAUCACAUCCUCAGACAAACUCGGGUUUUACGGCCUAGAGGAAUCCGACCUGGACAAAGUCUUCCAAUUGCCAACCACUACAUUUAUCGGAGGGAAUGAGACGGCGCUGCCCCUUCGAGAGAUCAUUAAAAGACUGGAGACCUCCUACUGCCAGCACAUCGGAGUCGAGUUCAUGUUCAUCAAUGACCUGGAGCAGUGUCAGUGGAUCCGGCAGAAGUUUGAGGCCCCGGGAAUUAUGCAGUUCACCAGUGAAGAGAAACGCACUCUGCUCGCAAGACUGGUUAGAUCUACAAGGUUUGAAGAGUUCCUCCAUCGUAAGUGGUCAUCUGAGAAGCGUUUUGGCUUGGAGGGAUGUGAAGUCCUAAUUCCAGCCCUGAAAACCAUCAUCGAUAAAUCCAGUGAGAACGGCGUGGAUUAUGUCAUCAUGGGGAUGCCUCACAGAGGUCGUCUCAAUGUUCUGGCCAACGUGAUCCGGAAGGAGCUGGAGCAAAUAUUCUGCCAGUUUGACUCUAAGCUGGAAGCUGCAGAUGAGGGAUCUGGAGAUGUGAAGUACCACUUGGGAAUGUAUCACAGGCGGAUAAAUAGGGUAACUGACAGGAACAUCACCCUGUCACUGGUGGCCAACCCUUCCCAUCUUGAGGCUGCUGAUCCUGUUGUCCAGGGCAAAACCAAAGCAGAACAGUUCUAUUGUGGAGACAAUGAAGGCAAGAAGGUGAUGUCUAUCCUCAUACACGGAGAUGCUGCAUUUGCUGGACAAGGGAUCGUGUAUGAGACUUUUCAUCUGAGUGAUCUGCCGUCACACACUACUCAUGGCACCGUCCAUGUCGUGGUCAACAACCAGAUCGGUUUCACCACUGAUCCUCGUAUGGCCCGCUCCUCCCCAUACCCGACAGACGUGGCCAGAGUUGUCAACGCCCCAAUCUUCCAUGUCAACGCUGAUGACCCCGAGGCUGUGAUGUACGUGUGCAACGUGGCUGCAGAGUGGAGGAGCACCUUCCACAAAGAUGUGGUUGUGGAUCUGGUGUGCUACCGCCGCAAUGGGCACAACGAGAUGGAUGAGCCCAUGUUCACACAGCCUCUGAUGUACAAGCAGAUCCGCAAACAGAAGCCAGUGCUACAAAAAUACGCCGAGACCCUGAUAUCACAAGGAGUGGUCAAUCAGCCGGAGUACGAGGAAGAGAUAGCCAAAUAUGACAAAAUCUGUGAAGAGGCGCAAGCCCGCUCCAAGGAUGAGAAAAUCCUUCACAUCAAGCACUGGCUGGACUCUCCAUGGCCUGGUUUCUUCACUCUGGAUGGACAGCCUCGUAGCAUGUCCUGUCCCUCAACUGGCCUCAGUGAAGAUGAAUUGGCUCAUAUAGGAAGUGUGGCCAGCUCCGUUCCAGUGGAGGACUUUACUAUCCAUGGAGGUCUUAGCCGUGUACUGAAGGCCCGAGGGGAGAUGGUGAAGUCCAGGACUGUUGACUGGGCACUGGCUGAGUACAUGGCAUUUGGGUCACUCUUAAAGGAAGGCAUCCAUAUCCGUCUGAGUGGACAAGAUGUAGAGAGAGGCACAUUCAGCCACCGUCACCAUGUGUUACAUGACCAAAAUGUGGACAAAAGAACUUGUAUCCCCAUGAACCAUCUGUGGCCCAACCAAGCUCCAUAUACAGUGUGCAACAGCUCACUCUCAGAGUACGGAGUACUGGGAUUCGAACUUGGGUUUGCCAUGGCCAGCCCGAAUGCACUGGUCCUCUGGGAAGCUCAGUUUGGAGAUUUCCACAAUACUGCUCAGUGUAUCAUUGAUCAGUUCAUCUGCCCAGGGCAGGCUAAGUGGGUACGACAGAAUGGAAUAGUCCUGUUACUACCCCAUGGCAUGGAGGGCAUGGGUCCCGAACAUUCCUCUGCAAGACCUGAACGCUUCCUGCAGAUGUGCAAUGAUGACUCGGAUGUGUGGCCAAAAGCUUCUGAAGACUUUGCUGUUCGUCAGCUUUAUGAUUGUAACUGGAUCGUUGUCAAUUGCUCCACUCCAGCCAACUUCUUCCAUGUGCUCCGCAGACAGAUCCUGCUCCCGUUCCGUAAACCGCUAAUUGUCUUCACUCCAAAGUCUCUCCUUCGUCAUCCUGAAGCCAGGUCAAGCUUUGAUGACAUGUUGGCAGGCACACACUUUGAAAGAAUUAUCCCAGAUGCUGGACCUGCAUCCCAGAACCCUGCUGGAGUGAAGCGCAUAAUCUUCUGCUCGGGAAAAGUGUACUAUGACCUGACCAAAGAACGCAGCACCAAGGAAAUGGAAGCUGAGGUGGCUAUCACCCGCGUGGAGCAGCUGUCUCCAUUCCCAUUUGACCUUCUGGAAAAAGAAGUCAAUAAGUACCCUAAUGCAGAGAUAGUUUGGUGCCAAGAGGAGCACAAGAACCAGGGAUAUUACGAUUAUGUGAAGCCAAGAUUACGCACCACAAUAUACCGCACUAAACCUGUCUGGUAUGCCGGCCGAGAUCCCGCAGCAGCCCCAGCCACCGGCAACAAGAAGACCCACACGACGGAACUGAAGAGAUUCCUGGAUACUGCUUUCAAUCUGGAUGCCUUCAAGGGCCUCUCUUAGACCAGCACACGUUUCCUCCCUCCUUCUGCACUCCCCAUCUUCUAUCCAUACACUCAGCGGGGGCUUCCUCUCCCCUAUGCAUCUUUGCUUUUAACCUGGCCAGAGAAAAGUUACCCACGGCGGCUCAUCGCUGCCCUACAACCACUAACCAUUAAAUGGUUUUAAUGGGGCAAAACCAACAGGAGUUUAGUUUCUUACAAAGGGAGAGAAUCUGCUGGUGCAGCGGAACAUAUCUGAUGUGUAUAUGAAUGCGAUAUGUACGGGGGGGCGCUGCUUUUACUAUUUAAACACGAGAGCUAUGGAAUCCUUACUGUGUAUAACCCAUGUCUACUUCCGACAGUAUCAAGAGACACAUGGAGUCCCGCAGACCAGGGACACAAUUCGGGCGGUCAUGCAAUAUUUUUUAAAGCCACAUUUUAUACAAGUAAAUACAUUUUAGUUAACGCUUGUAAUCUGAUAUCAACGCAGCUUCUUCCUGUGUUACAUAACCGCCACUACCCACGCUGCCCCCCAGGGUUACGUUCUAAACUGGUACCUCUGCCCUGUGCACAGAUAUUAUGGUGAUGUGGGCCAUUAGUGCAUGGCUGCGAGUGAGGUUAGUGCAGGACCCCAUUAACAUCUCCCAUGUCAGUCUACCUAUAUAUUAAUUAACAUUAAGGUUUGCGGGGUAAUGCUCUGCCAAUGCACCCGGAGGGAGACCUGCUGCCUGGGGAAGAAUCUGCAGAUUUCUUUUAUCUCAUGACAAAUUGAAGGGAAGUAUUCAUGUUGUCGUAGGUGUUUCUGCGCUCUCUGGAGAGACUGAUAUGACAGCUUGUACCAUGAACCACUUAUCAUAUACCGCACUAUAUCAGGUAUCUGCUUCCAGCCGAUUAUUCUCGAGACAGCAGCAGAUUACUCCUACAGCUUUUAUACAGUUAUAUAUUUUUAUUUAGGAAGGGAGGAGCGAUUUUAGUCUAUUGCCAAUCACCUUUAUCCGGGCCCCUUAAAGGAGAACUACUAAACCCCUCAAAGGGGAUGUCCAGGAUUAGAACAAGGGGUCUGCUUUUUAUCUGUAAACAGCGCCACAGCUGUCCAUGAUCUGUUUCUGGUAUUGCGACUCAUUCUGAUACAAGAGAAUGAGGUUGAGCGUCUAUACCUCAGGCCAUGGACGGGAAUGGUGCUGCUUCUAGGGGAAAAAAAAAAAAAAAACAUACCCUUUUUCUGACUCGAACCUUUAAGUUUUAAAACUGAUUCAGUGUGUCGUGGUACCAGCAUUUGGAGAAAACCCCUCUGCUUGUCAUCUUUCAUCUCAGAGUAAUCUUAAAGGGGUAUUCCCAUCACAGACAAUGGGGCAUAUCUUUAGGAUAUGUCCCCCUUGUCUAAUAGGUGCACCUCUGAAACCCGCACCCACGCUGAGAACGGAGCGGGAGAAUGGUGGCUGGAGAACCCCGGGUUUCCCCAGGGUCCGGCCACCGCCAAGUGAAUGGGAGAACACGGCGCUUGCCCGGCCACCGCCCCGUUCUCAGUGUAGGUGUGGGUCCCAGAGGUGGGACCCGCACCUAUCAGACAAUAGGGGCAUAUCCUAGCGAUACGCCCCCAUUGUCUGUGAUGGGAAUGCCCUUUUAAAAGGGUUUUCCGAGACUUUACAACUGAUGAUCUAUCCUCUGUAACAGCUCCUUUACAGGUGUCCCAUGACAACACUUCCUGUCUCUGUGUUCAGAAGUGCAUAAGUGUUAAGGGGUCACUAGGUGACCAAUCAAAAUGGCGUCGGACUCCUACGAUCAGAUAUUCCAAAAUGGCGUUGGACUCCUACGAUCAGAUAUUCCAAAAUGGCGUCGGACUUCUACGAUCAGAUAUUGAUGACCGGUCAUCAGUUGUAAAGACCCUUUUGAGGAUAGGGGGCCUCAUAGCAACUAAUCACCUGUUCUGGAAAAAUGAAUUCUGGAUUUUGAUUGGUCACCAAGUGUCCCCUUAACACUUGUGCCCUUCUGAUCACUGAAACAGGAAGAGUUGUCAUAGGACAGCGGUAUGGGAGCUGUCACAGUUGUCAUUCCAGUUCUAGUGCCCAUAAGUCGGCACAACAAUUAGAGAUUUUUGAGGUGUUACUGUAGGUUCUGGCCAUGGCAGUAAUAAAGAACCGCCCUAACAUAUGAGCUUGUGAAAUAAGUGACGUAAAUGUUAACAAAUAUGAGAAGUGCCCAGCCUCCUUUGCAAAAGUUUGAAGUUUGUUUUUUUCCCCCCACAUUUGGAUUGAAACCAUUAACCCAUUGUAGUUGCAUGUGCCAAAUUCUGACACACGGCGGAGAGAGAGGAACCAAACGGGAAAAGUAUAAUGAAGAGGCCACUGACACAAAGCAAUCUUAUUUAUUUUGUUAAAAUAAAUAAAUAAAAAUCUGUCUUCA